UGUGAUUUAAGUCUGAAAUUCAAUCCGCUCGCAAAGCUCUUAGCUUUCUCCAGCAACAAUGGCGGCGGCGACUACAUUUCGAACCUUCAUAUUCCAAUCUUCAACAACAGCAACAGCAACAGCAGCAGCAUUCAGAUUCAAACCUAUAUAUUCAUCAUCAUCUCUCUUACUUCCAUCUUCAUUUUCAUUAUUCUCAUCUUCUCCCAGAUUCACUCAUUAUUCAAACCUAGCCGCCGCAACUCAACCAUCACUCAACCAACAGAUUACUCAUCGUCCUAACGUUAUCGACAUUCUCGAAAAAAGAGGCUUACUUGACUCACUUACAAGCGAUAAUCUCCGCUUGAAUUGCACCGAUCCAACUCGACCACCUCUUAGGGUUUACUGCGGCUUUGAUCCAACAGCGGAGAGUCUUCAUCUCGGUAAUCUCCUCGGUAUCAUCGUUCUCUCAUGGUUUCUCCGAUGCGGACACAGUGCAGUCGCUCUCAUCGGCGGCGCCACCGGUAGAAUCGGCGAUCCAUCUGGUAAAAGCUCCGAGAGGCCGGAACUGGAUUCCGUUACAUUAGAAAGGAACAUCGCAGGAAUCUCCGCAACGACUCGACGGAUCUUAUGUCGAAUUCCGGCAGCGGAUACCAAUGUUGCGAUUCUGAAUAACUAUGAUUGGUGGAAGGAUGUUAAACUGCUUGAUUUCUUGAAAGAUGUAGGUCGGUAUGCUAGAAUCGGGACGAUGAUGUCGAAGGAAAGCGUUCGUAAGCGAUUGGAAUCAGAACAGGGAAUUAGCUAUACUGAAUUCACUUAUCAGUUACUCCAGGGUUACGAUUUUCUCCAUCUUUUUCAGAACGAAGGGAUUAACGUUCAGAUCGGCGGCAGCGAUCAGUGGGGUAACAUUACCGCCGGAACCGACUUAAUCGGCCGGAUAUUAGUCAACAACAACAACAACGAUAACAGAGCAUACGGAUUGACAUUUCCUCUCCUACUGAAAAGCGACGGCACCAAAUUCGGAAAAUCAGAGGACGGUGCAAUAUGGCUAUCUCCAUCCAUGCUAUCUCCAUACAAAUUCUAUCAGCAUUUUUUCACAGUUCCUGAUACAGACGUGAUUAGAUUCAUGAAAACCUUAACAUUCUUAAGUUUGGAAGAGAUAGCAGAGAUGGAGAUUGAAAUGGGUAAGAGGGAUUACGCAGUGAAUUCGAUCCAAAAGAGGCUAGCAGAGGAAGUGACUCGAUUUGUUCAUGGAGAAGAAGGAUUGGAACAGGCAAUGAAAGCAACUGAAGUGAUGAGACCUGGUUCUGGUACUAAACUUGAUUGGAAAACAAUUGAACAGAUUGCAGGGGAUGUUCCUUCUUGUACUCUUUGUCAUGAUAAGGUGAUGAAUCUGUCUUUAAUGGAGCUUUCAGUGACGACUGGAUUGAUGGAAAGUAAAUCUGCAGCUCGACGGCUGUUGAAACAAGGUGGGUUAUAUCUUAACAAUUGUAGAAUAGAUGAUGAGGGGAAGAAGAUUGAGUUUGAUGAUAUUGUUGAUGGUAAAAUUCUACUCCUUUCUGCUGGUAAGAAGAACAAAGUUCUUGUAAGAGUAUCUUAAAAACUCAUCUUAUGAAAUUGUUGUAUGAACCCUAAUUAUUUUGUAAACAAUUUUGUUUCUGAAUAUGAAAUUGGGUUUCUUGA